UUACCAAAGAUGAGAGUCACUUUAUCAGCUCUGGAUACUUCUGAGAGUUCCUUCACACCUCUGGUGGUCAUCGAACUUGCUCAGGAUGUCAAAGAAGAGACUAAAGAGUGGUUGAAAAACAGAAUCAUCACUAAAAAGAAAGACGGAGGUGCCCAGCUGUUGUUUCGACCACUGUUAAACAAAUAUGAGAAAGAAACCCUGGAAAACCAGAAUUUGUAUCUCGUUGGCGCCUCCACCAUCAGGUUGCUGCUGGGGGCCGAGGCCGUGGGCCUGGUGAAGGAAUGUAAUGACAACGCCAUGCGGGCCUUCACAUAUGGAACCCGGCACAACUUCAAAGGCUUCCACGAUAACAAUGAUGAUUUCCUUACGAUGGCAGAAUGUCAGUUCAUUAUCAAACAUGAACUUGAAAACCUCAGAGCUCGGGAUGAAAGAAUGAUCCCUGGUUAUCCACAGGCAAAGUUGUAUCCCGGAAAAUCGUUAUUAAGAAGACUGCUUACCUCCGGCAUCGUGGUCCGGGUGUUCCCGCUGCACGACAACGAGGCCCUCAAGAAGCUGGAGGACACCUGGUACACGCGGCUCCCGUUCAAGUAUCAGCCCAUAGACAGUAUCCGUGCCUACUUCGGGGAGACCAUCGCACUGUAUUUUGGAUUCCUGGAAUAUUUCACCUUUGCUUUGCUUCCCAUGGCCAUCAUAGGUCUGCCUUACUAUCUGUUCGUGUGGGAAGACUAUGACAAGUAUGUGAUCUUCGCCUCGUUCAACCUCAUCUGGUCCACGGUGAUCCUGGAGGUGUGGAAGCGAGGCUGUGCCAACAUGACGUACAGGUGGGGCACGCUGGUCAUGAAGAGGCAGUUUGAGGAGCCCCGGCCUGGCUUCCACGGAGUCCUGGGUAUCAACGCCGUCACCGGCCGAGAGGAACCCAUCUACUCCAGCUUCAAGAGACAGCUGCGCAUCUACCUGGUCUCCCUGCCCUUCGUGUGCCUCUGUCUGUACUUCAGUCUGUACAUCAUGAUGAUCUACUUCGACAUGGAGGACUGGGCUCUGAGCAUCCAUGAGGACAGCGGAUCCGAGUGGACCAGCGCCUUGCUGUACGUGCCUAGUAUCAUCUACGCCAUUGUGAUCGAGAUCAUGAACCGCCUUUAUCGAUACGCUGCUGAGUUUUUAACCUCGUGGGAGAAUCACAGAUUGGAAUCUGCCUACCAGAAUCACCUCGUUCUGAAAGUGUUGGUGUUCAACUUUCUAAACUGCUUUGCCUCCCUCUUCUACAUUGCCUUUGUCCUGAAGGAUAUGAAGCUUUUGCGGCAGAGCUUGGCCACGCUCCUGAUUACCUCACAGAUCCUUAACCAAAUUGUGGAGUCUCUUCUCCCUUAUUGGCUCCAAAGGAAGCAUGGCGUGCGGGUGAAGAGGAAGGUCCAGGCCCUGAAGGCAGACAUCGAUGCCCCCCUAUAUGAGCAAGUCAUCCUAGAGAAGGAGAUGGGAACUUACUUGGGCACCUUUGAUGAUUACUUGGAGCUCUUCCUGCAGUUCGGCUAUGUGAGUCUGUUCUCCUGCGUGUACCCCCUGGCCGCCACCUUCGCUGUGCUGAAUAACUUCACGGAAGUCAACUCCGAUGCUUUGAAAAUGUGCAGGGUCUUCAAACGGCCGUUCGCAGAGCCUUCAGCCAGCAUUGGUGUGUGGCAGUUGGCCUUUGAAACGAUGAGUGUCAUCUCUGUGGUCACCAACUGCGCCCUGAUUGGAAUGUCACCGCAAGUGAACGCAGCCUUUCCAGACUCCAAGACAGACCUCAUUCUGAUUGUGGUGGCAGUGGAGCAUGCACUCCUGGCCUUAAAGUUCAUCCUGGCCUUUGCCAUCCCUGACAAACCCCGCCACAUCCAGAUGAAGCUGGCCAGACUGGAGUUCGAGUCUCUGGAGGCCCUCAAGCAGCAGCAGGCACAGCAGGUAGCAGACGACCUGAAGGAGGCGCAGGCCGGCGGGGAGGCGGCCUGCUGAGGGGAGGUCGGCAGCAGCCGAGGAGGAGGAGGAAACAGCGGCCCUGGCCCUGAGUUCGGCGGCCUCAAGUUGGCACCACGGGGAGGUGGG